CGUUUCGUUUCUGCAAAAAAUCCGCGGGGUUGGGUGGAGGGCUGCGUGUCCUCAACUCAUCCAACGAACUGCUCAGAUUUCAGCCGAUCACGAGGGCAGUAGCCAGGCCAGUGGAGAGAAAAGGGGAAGACGACGAGUCAGUUCUGGUUCUGCCACUCACUUUGCUUCCUUCCUUCCAAGUUCCACCUCGCUGUCGCUGCUAGUAAGUAAUCUAGUCGGAGCUCUACAUUCUAUAUUCUGAUUCUAAUGCUACAAAAUGGAGCAACAAGGUACGCUGUGGGAUCAUCUGCCGCUGCUGGUGAGGGCCAAUUCCAAGGACUCCGUGGAGUGCAUUCUCCAGACCCUGUGGCGAACUCGACGGACCGGUCUCCUUGCUGCUGACAGGACUAUGAUCUGCAACAUGCUUCAGCUCGAAAAUGACUCCGAUCUCGAUCCUCUUUUGGUUUGUCUCCGCAUGCUGAUUCGACGCUGUGUCUAUGACAAAAUCGACAAGGAUGAAAUUCAGAGGCUAUUUCCCGAUGAGGUUUUACCUGAAAUACAACGAUUGUUGUCGCUUUUGCUGCACAAGUUCCAAAGUGAAUGGCGGGAAGAUGUGCUCAAGGAGCAGGCGACUUUGCCUCAAUUAAAGGCAAUGACAUGGAAUAUGGGCAGAAGCAAUACAAACUCGUCAGAGCCUGUAGCUGUUAUUAAUUUGAAGCUUCAAAAUGAGGUCAAAUUCCACUUUGGUGAAACCGAAUUGACAUUCCAAGUGUCCAAAGAUACCUUGGAAUCAACUCUACGGUCAAUGUAUUCCAUCCGAGAUCAGUUCUCUGAGGUGGUGUGUUUUAAAGGGGAGCAAUCAAACAGGCGUUUACCCCAGGAAAGUACCGUGUAGUUUUCUCAGAAGGACAAGGGGCCACCUUUCCCCGUAUAUUUUUGGGAGCACAGUACCAGUGCCUUCCUUUCUGUGCAUGUUGACAUCUCAAACCCUCUUGAAGGUGGGUGGACUGGGCCCUUUUCUGUAUAACUCUUCAGUCUUUGUUGCAUGAGACUACAGAAGCAUACGGACGCAGUCUUAAGCUCUACUUAAUACUGGGCGGUCAGAAAAUUCUAUUUUUAGUAUGUAUCUCUCUCAUAUUCUCCCUUGCUAUCCUUGUUUUGGCAAUGACUGAACUUUGCUUCUUGUCUUGGAGUGAAUUGAGUCAAUUGACUUCUGACAGACCAGCACUUAAAGAAAGUUAAAAUGAUUUGCCUUUAGGAACAUGUUUAAUUCUGAACUUUUUUCUGAUCAUCUAAUUGAUUUUUUGACAUUACUGAGAUUCAAUGAAUGUCAUUCGCUGCUGUCUAUAA